AUGAGUUUUGAAGAGCUUUAUGCGAACGACAACGUUUGUCGCUUGGAAGAGAAGUUUUCCGUGGUGAAGAAGCUGGAAACGGAGUUCGAGGGGAAAUACCCGUUAGAGUUGUUUAGAGAAGGUGCUAGAGGUGUUUAUGGAGGUGAGUUUGCUGCCCAGUGCUUGCUGGCUGCUUAUGAUUCAAUUGACGAUCCUGACUUCUCUCCACACUCCUUCCACUCCUACUUCCUCAAGGCCGGAAGCAAUGAGUCCAAAAUGAGAUACGAAGUAGAGAAGACAUCACAGGGUCGGAACUACUGCUCCAGAUUGGUGAAGACGUACCAGCUGCACACGAACCAGCUUUGCUACAUCAUGAUCGCAUCUUUCACAAGAAACAACCUGAUUGACAAGAGGAAGAAGGAAUUUGCUGGGUUAGACGAGCAGAAGAAGUACCAUCCUAGAACAAAGGUGCCCUUGGAGUUCACCAGUAGCCCACACCCUUGGUUUGACAAAUACGUGGACCGUCUUGAUGAGCUUCCCUCUUUUGAGCAUACAAACGGUAAUCUCUUGACGGUACUUCCCCCAGAGGUUAUGAGAGACAACCCCAAGGACGACGAGCUCUCUGUUGAGAUUCCUUACCGCAGAUACGGAGGUUUUUUCAAGGUCAAUGACCGUCUCGACUUGGCUAAGAACCCAGCGAAGCAAAGACACAUUGAUCUUACGUUUGGAUCCGAUUCGUACUUUUUGGUCACCAUGGUGAGAGCCCUUGGCAUUCCUCUCAUGUCCAAGGGUGCUCUUGAUUUUUUCAGAGUCUCAUUGGACCACACGGUUUACUUCCAUGACAACGAUUUUGAUCCUACAGACUUUUUGUUCAUGGACUAUAACUUUGAGCGGUUGUCGAACGACAGGGUAUUGUGUGCGGUGCGUAUCUAUGGUCGCAAUAGAAAGCACAUUGCCACAGUGACCCAGGAGGCCCUUACGUACGUCCCGCUCCCACUUGCCGAUAAAUCCAAGGGUGCUUCGUACAAGCUCUAG